ACAUGAACCCGGUUUUGGGUAGCCCCAGCAACCGUUAGAAUCAAUAUAAAUAUAAAUAUUUUCCAAUUGUCAACAAGCCGCGAGUUGCCAAGUGUUAUAAAUAAUACCGGAGUACCUGAAACCAAAUAUCUAGUGUUUGUUUCAAAAGUAUUGGAUUAACAAAGAUGGCCUGCUCCACAAGCGUUUUAAAGGGGUUCGCCCUCCUCUGGGAUAUUAUCUAUGCUCUGUUCGGCCUGGUUGUGAUUGGCCUUGGAGUGCACAUCAUUUACAAAUUCGAGCACUUUAACACCGCCGCCUUCGUCAUCAUUGGCGUGGGCGUGGUCGUCGUUCUGGCCGCGCUUUUCGGAGCUCUGGGAGCAGCACGUGAGAGCAGCACCGCUUCGAAGGUGUUCGUGGUUAUUGUGGUGAUACUGAUCAUUCUGGAAGUUAUAGUGGUGGGCUUCCUGUGGGUAUUCCAAAACUCGCUGCUGAUAAACGUGGACAAGACAUUUGAUCAGCUGUGGAACGAUCAGCCCGUGCCCAUCAAGCCUGGAAACCAGAGCCAGAUAGCUAGCCUUGAGCGAUGGUUGGACUGCUGCGGAAAUGUGGGACCCACGGACUAUGUACUGCCGCCGAAUAGUUGCUACAACGGCGAAAGUGACAAACUGAAUCUCGAGGGCUGCCGGCAAAAGUUCCUGGACUUUAUCGCCGAUCGCUGGACGACAUUCAACAUUGUCGCCCUGGUGCUAGUUGGUGUGGAGAUCAUUUGCGCCUUGUUGGCCUGCGUCCUGGCCAACAGCAUUGUGAACCGCUGGCGCCGCUCGAAGUACUAUACAAAAUAGGUUGUUGUACAAUUUUUGAAAGUAUUGCAUUUCAAAAAGCAAUUUCAAGUUUAAGAUGCGCAUACUUAAGGCCAAAGAACUCUCCAUACAAAUACUUAUUUCGAAAACUCACCAGAGAUUCCAGAACAAAUUUACUUAAGCGAAGUGCAUUGUUUGUAUUCUAUUUAACAUUUUGGAUAACUGUAAUAGUGAAACGGUAUUUAAGCCGUUUACGUGGUAAUUUAAUCUACACUAAGCUCGACUUAAGCUACGAUUUUUUGUAACAUCAUUUCGAGAAGCCAAAACCAAAAUAAAGAAUUGUUCGUAGA